CAAAUAUCCAAACACUGUGGAGUUACACUGCAUUUAUUAUUUUGUCAAGUAUUUAACAUGAUGGGAAUUGACUCUGCUGCAUAUUUCAUAUCUAAGAAGGCAUGAUAAUACUGGACUCAAAUAAGAAGAUACUUGGCAAUGGCCUAUGAAGAGGAACAGCCUUCUGCAGGAGUCAGGUUUGUCUGCCUUGCUGUUAAUAUUUAGCACCAGAGAAGCAGAGAAAGUUAUUGAAAGUAUCAUGCCGCAUAAAUGGGAGAACGAUACGAAAAAGAGCAGCACCACCAGCUCUCUGAAGAUGGAUCGAAAGAGCAAUGCUGGGAACAGGAAGUCAAGAAAGUUUCGCUCCAUUUCAAGAUCUCUUAUACUUUGCAAUGCCAAAAACAGUGAUGAUGGGUCAAGUCCCGAUGAGAAAUACCCUGAUCCCUUUGAGAUCUCUACCAGUUGGGGUCAAGAGGAUUUUGAUUGCUGCCCUAGAACACAACUGCCACGCACAUCAGAAACAGAAGACAGCUCACCUGAUCCUCCACGUGUGAUCACCAGCAUUGUCCAGUCCAAAGCUGCAGCAAAUGAGAACUGCAACAACAUGAGAAGAAAGUUACUCACCAAGGACAGCUGCAUAUGCAGGCUGUGUACAACCCCAGGGAACAGCAGCUCAGGAAUCAAGCUCUCUAGGAGUCCCAACUGUGCAGCUCUCUGGAAAGGAUUCACAAGCAGCCACGUGCCUGCUAGAGGUGCUGCAAACAGGGAUGAUUGUCUGAGCCCAAGGGAUGAACUGUUAACACUAAACAGACAAUCACUUAAAGAUCUCUCUGGCAAGGAGGCUGAAUCUGUCAUUCACCCCACAACACGGCUGAUGAACAUCAUGAUGGCUAGCAAA